AUGCCUCAAAAUGACUACAUUGAGGAGCACAUCAAGCGCCAUGGACGGCGUCUCGAUCAUGAGGAGCGUAUGAGAAAGAGAGAGGCAAGGAGUGCCCACCGUGCAGCCGCACAGGCUCGAAAUACGAUUGGUCUCAAGGCUAAGAUGCUGAACAAGAAACGUCGGGCGGAGAAGGUGCAGAUGAAGAAGACCAUCAAGCAGCACGAAGAACGCGAUGUGAAGAAGGCUGCUCCACCAAGUAACCCAGACACUGCACUUCCAGCAUACCUGCUUGACCGCGAAGGCCAGCGGGAUGCCAAGGCCUUGUCUAGUGCCGUCAAGGAGCGCCGCAAGGAUAAGGCUGCUCGAUAUUCCGUGCCGCUGCCACAAGUCCGCGGGAUUGCAGAAGAUGAAGCAUUCCGCGUUGUUAAAACGGGUAAGCGCAAGCAAAAUGGAUGGAAACGUAUGGUUACAAAGGCCACAUUUGUAGGUGACAACUUCACGCGCAAGCCGCCAAAACUGGAGCGCUUUAUUCGACCUACCGGCUUGCGAUUCAAAAAGGCUCACAUCACGCACCCUGAUCUGAAAGCCACAUUCCAAUUACCGAUUAUUGGCGUGAAAAAGAAUCCACAAUCUCCCAUGUACACUCAACUGGGUGUUCUAACCAAAGGCACUAUCAUUGAGGUGAAUGUGUCUGAUUUGGGAAUGGUGACGACUAGUGGCAAGGUCGUCUGGGGCAAAUAUGCCCAGAUCACGAAUAAUCCAGAGAAUGAUGGUUGUGUGAAUGGCGUUUUGCUCUUGUCUUCCUAG